GCCGUUGCGUUGCACCAGUAGACAAACACCCAUAAACUCACAGAACCCCGAAAUAUUAGAAGUGCAAGGCCCAUUGCAACAAGUACGUCCCUUCGACAAAUUCAAAGUAUAACUUUGGAAAGAACACAGUCACUAGAAAUAUAAAUGUAAAUAACGAUACAAAUAUAAAACAUAUCUGUGGCGAGGCGCGACUGUCAAUUAGAUGUGCUAAUUUAUUGUUGAACAGCCGAUGCAAAAUUGCCUAGCAGGUUCCUGACGUUAGAUACAUGAGAGUGAAGAAAUACCGCGAUUGUUAUUACGUUUGCCCUUUCUCAGAGUCAAUGUCCCGGAGAAAUAGAUAAUGUGGACAAACGUAAGGAUGGAUAAGUAAUGUUUUUAACAUUCGUGACGCAGGUAGGAUGCGCUUCACACUCACCAGAGUGCUAUCUUCGCUGUGCCUGUGUACUGUUACAAUGCUGACCUGGGUGGUGCUGAAGCAAAUGCAUACAAAGGCCUUCACACAAACGUGCCAUCACCCAACCAAUUUCCAGGAUGAUCUUCAUAAUUUAGCUGACAGAACACACAGAGUUCUUUCUUCCUUGGGACUGACGCACUUCCUUUGCUACGGAGCACUGUGGGGCCAGAUAAGACUGUCCCGCUCACUGCCAUGGGAGUCUGAUGUAGAGAUGUGCCUCCGCAAUGAGGAGCUGGCUAGGAAGGAUGAAGUCUUCCUUCUUAGAGCUUUCCGGAAGCAAGGCCUACAGCUGGCUUAUGAUAGUGCGGAAGGGAGGUACACUGUCAAGGAUCCACAGUUUACUGGUGGAUCUGUGCAACUUAUUGUUUUUGAGGAAGACCGCAUGAUAAACAUGCUCAGGAGAGUGGGAUGGAAACGCAGGGUCCUUCCACCAGACUGCGAGAGCAUGGACUCCCUGCAGUGUUUCCCGCCAAGGCUGAUCACUCCUCCGUUGCCUCAGAAGGAGUUUGGUGGAUACGUCAUGCCUGUACCACGUGAAGGUAUCGAGAUACAGAAGUACCACUAUCCCAGUAACUGGUGGAAGGAAGUGUUGCCUAAGAACUGUUAAAUAUAACUUGGCUAAGAAAUCUUCCUUCAUUAAAAAAGAAAUUGGCAGGUCAGUGCAAUGUGCCACUGACUUAAGAGGGAGAUAAGACAGGAAGAGUGCACAACCAGAAGUCUGGUAGAAAUGCAUUAUCUCAAAGAUGAGGUACUUCUAAAAAUGAGGUUUUUCAGAAGUACUCCCCAUUGUGGAAUGUGAAAGUGUAACUGAAUAUGAAGAAGGAAAAGUGUUUAGAUUCUGUUGUUAUGUUGCCAGUAAGUGACAAUUGUUUCAAAAUUAUCAUCAAAUCAGUUAAAAAAAAUAGUGUGAAUUAAUCUGCGUAAAGCACAGUGUGUUACAACAGGAAUGUUGCAUUCCUGUAUUACUGCAUUUUGCAUUUAACAUAGUUUGAAUGAGAUAGAGCUGACAUCUUAUACAUACAUACUUAUUGUAUUGUGUUAACUUUAAUAUUUAUGCUUGCCAUUUACUUCAUGCAUUGUUCAUUUCCAUUGAUGAUUGUGGCAUAUUUUUAUAUCAUAAGUAACAGCACUUAGAGGCAGUAUCUUUCAACUUUCUGAUUGUACACCUUGAACACCUCCUUUUUGUUAUAAUUAAUUAAAGUUCCACACCUUAUCAGUUUGUUUACUCAUUGUACUGAAUUGAAAAAGGGGCCAUUUUAUGUCAUAUAUCUAUUAUAGAUGCUUUAAUUAGCAAAAUAGAAGUUUAAUAUAAGAGAAAGUGGAUAUUGUUAUAAUGGAAGAAGAAAUUGUAAAGUGGGAAACAGUUCAAACUUGACUCUCAUUGUAAGUUGCAUAAUCAGUGUUGUUUAUCUAUUGCCACACAUCCUGUUGUCAGUGUUUCUACUUCAAGACAACAAUAAAUAAGCUUUGUAUUGUCAAUUAUGUGUGAUACCAGAUUGUGAUUUCUGUUUUUCAUGUUUAUGAAAAAUAUAACAUUGUGAACAUUCUUGUUAUGAAGAUGACCAUUCAUCAAUCACAAGAUAUCCAGCCUGGAUGUGCAGGCCUAGGAAGCAUUAUUGCUCUCUUUUUUUCUUUUUUGUGUAAAUAGAUUUCCUAUCACUGUGGCACAAUUAUUGUCAUAAUGCGUUCCAUUCAAUCUGUUACGGUCUUAUUCUCUUUUUCCUUGUGACACCCAGCACAAACUUUUAGCCAUGAUUGACUGUGUAUGUUUGCAUAUACUUGCAGAUUUGUAAUGUUUUUACUAAGGGAAAACAACAGUUUUGCUGAGUAUACUUAAUAUUUAUGUAAAGUAAGAUACAUUUCAAAACAACCAGUACAAUGAAGUCCUAGAUUUGUUGCAGAUUUCUGGCUGUAAAUAUAGUUUAUCACAUCUUCCUGGCACUUCCCUUAUGCUUCAUGCAAAACACAUCUUUUUUGUCCUCAUUUGAGGGAAAGUAGUAAUAAAGUGUUGUUUCUGACUUCUUAGGCUUUAUUCAUAUUUGUAGAAGAUACAUAGCUAUUUAUUCUUGAUGUGUUAUUAAAACUUUCCUGAGAAGCUCUUCAAGGGUCAUUUUCAUCUCGUGGAGAUGUGGACAUAUUUUAGCUGCUGUAUUCUCUUGCCCCCCCCCCCCCUCCCUCCUCCCCUCCCCAACAUAAAACUGUUUAUUAUGGACACUUAAAAUAAACAGAAAAAUACUUUUCUCUUUUGAGUCAGUAAAUUUAUAACAAAACCUUAGCUGCCAUUGAACUGACUUCCUCUGUCAGUAGGUCUUUUUUUUUUUCCCUGUAUGUCACAACUCUUUUACUUUGUGUAGUAUCAUUUUCUUUUCCCAUCCCUUCUGUGCGACAGUAGCCUGUUUUCAUAACUACACUCCUUAUCUUGAAAGUGCAAAGGAAGUCCAUGUCUAACACUGAGUAGACAAUAUUUUGUUAAGCAUACAUUCUCUAUCCUGUCCUGUUGCAUAGCACAUCUGCAUGUACAUCUGUUAUCCGCAAGGUGCUACAUGGUGUGUGAUAGAGGGUACUUCUGGUGCCUCUGUUUGUUCACUCCUUCCCAGUCCCAUUUGGGAAUAGUGCACGGGAAGAAGGAUUGUCGGUAAACCUCUAUUUUAACUCUAAUUUUUUGGAUUGUCUUGUUGUGGUCCUUUCCUGAGACAUACGCGGGAGGAAGUAAUAUGUUGCUUGGCUCUUCCUGUAACGUACUCUUGAAAUUUCAAUAGUAAAUGCCUCUAUUGUAACGACUGCCACUGGAGUUUGUUGAAAAUCUCCAUAAAGCAUGGGCACAGAAUGAACAUCCUGUGAUGAAUUGCACCACUCUUUGUUGAACCGUGACUGUCUCUUCUGUCAGCCUGACUGGUUUUUUUCUUUUUGUGUGUGUUCGAGGCUAGGGCUCUAUCUCCUGGGGAGAUUGGUCCCUCGUGUGUGUAGGGUAAGGUUGCUUACUUGGGACACCAUUUAUUAUUAUUAUAUGGGUACCAUUUUGUCAUCUUUGGAGAUGCCUUUGGGCUCAAGUUGGUCCUUAUAGGCAUUCCUUCUUCGUUUUCUGUUGCUUUUGAUUUGUAGUCUUUCUUUUCCAAAAUUUUGUUUUAAUUUCUUAUAAUUGUCAGAGGUAUUCUGACUUUGUGCCAUGGGGCUUGCUCAAAAGUGGCAAGUUGUCUAGUUGAUUCCUCGCAGGUCUGAGCUGAUUUAUCUUUUCUGUUAGCCUUCUUGUUAUCUGUUAUCUGUUGUUCUACCUUCGGCAUUUGAAGUUCGUGGUGUAUCAGUUCGGUGUUUGUCCACCAUGGGGGGUUGAGUGCGAGUUUAAGACAUCUAUUUUGUAAUAUUUGUAGUGGUUUGGUGUUAGUUUUGCUUGUGAUUCCCCAGGAUGAGCAACCAUACAGCAUCAUGGGUUGUAUGAUUGAUUUGUAGAUUUUCAGUUUCGUUGAUGUAGCAUCUCCUUACUGGAAAGUAGUGGUGGAUAGAUUGCAUGGAUGGCUUUUUUCCUUGUACGUGCUUCUUGAAUAGCAUUUUUUUGUCGACUAUAACCCCGAGAUAUUUAACGUCAUUGGACCACUCAAUGUGUCUUCCAUUUAGUUCGAUUCGGUCAUGGAAGAUGGGUCUUAUCUGAGUGAACAUAAUUGCUUUUGUUUUUUCCGCAUUUAUUUUGACUUUAUUUAGCUUUGCCCAUUUUUCUGUGAAGUCGACCUGUUCUUGGAGCCUUCGUAUUGUGGUAUCCAGACGACGGUGACUCGCUAGUAGCGCUGUGUCAUUCGCAAAUUGUGCGAGUAGGGCGUUUCCAGUUAGUAGUAUGUCAUUUAUGUAAACCGUAAACAGGGUGGGCGAUAACACGGAUCCUUGGGGAUUUAUUGCUCUUGCGGUCUUGUUUCGGAUCUCUUGCCGUCGAUUUGUAUGUAGAACCUCCUGUUUGUUAAGUAGCUGUCAAUGGUUUUUAUGUAGCAGUGUGGGAUGUCUGUGUCCACUCUGAGUUUAACCAGUAGAUAUUCCUUCCACACAUUGUCGUAGGCUUUCUCGAGAUCUAGUAGGAUUGCCACCGUGUGUUUGGAGAAAUUCAUAUUUCUUGUUACGUAUUCGGUUAUUCUCAGUAGCUGGAGUUCCGCAGAUAGUUUCCUGGUAGGCGAAUUGUUCCCUGCAUAUGGUGUUUCCAUCUAAUAGUGGUUGUCUGAUUCUGGGUAAUAGCACCCUUUCUGGUACUUUAGAUAAAGUGGAGAGUAGGCGUAUGGGCCUAUGGUUUUCCGGUUUUUUUCAAGUCUUUUCCUUUCUUCGGUAUUGGCACUAUUUUACUUAUUUUCGAUGCACGAGGAACGUAGUGUUGGAUCAUGCACACAUUAAUUACUCUUCUUAGAAGAACCAAGGGUUUCCAUGGCAGGUGUUUCAAUUGCAUGUUGCAGAUUUGGUCUGUUCCUGGUGCAGAGCUCGUUUCUAGCUGGUUAAUUAUUUUUCUGACUUCUGUAGGUGUCGUGCGUUCUGGUCUGUCGUUUACUGCAGACAUCUAUUUAAGGAUCUAGGGAUCCUCACAGUAACCUCACAGUAUAUAUAUUCCCUUAUGAAAUUUGUUGAUAAUAAUCCAACCCAAUUCAAAAGUAAUAGCAGUGUGCAUACCUAUAACACCAGGAGAAAGGAUGAUCUUCACUAUGCAGGGUUAAAUCUGACUUUGGCACAGAAAGGGGUAAAUUAUGCUGCCACAAAAGUCUUUGGGCACCUACCAAACAGCAUCAAAAGCCUGACAGAUAGCCAACUAACAUUUAAAAAUAAAUUAAAAGAAUAUCUAGAUGACAACUCCUUCUACUCAUUGGCUGAAUUUUUAGAUAUAAAGUAAAUAAAAAAAAAAAAAUAAAAUAAAAAACUUAAUCAUUAGUGUCAUGCAAUAUUUUGUGUAAUGUAAUUUCUUGUACAGACAUCUUUUUUAACCUGACACGUUCCACAUCAUUACGAAGUGUCGUAUUCAUGACCUAUGGAACAAGUAUUAAUCUAAUCUAAUCUAAUCUAAUCUGCGGUUUGCUGUGGCUACGACUCUGUCUUCAAAGUCUGCUGCUUCGGGUUGUGGCUGAGCUGCUUCAUUUAUCGUGUUUUGAUUUUCAUAUGUGGCGGUGAAGAGAUCCGCUUUUCUUAGGGCGUCGAAGAUUAAGGUGUUGUUGUUGUCUUCGGGUGCGGAUUUUCUUUGUUUGGAGUUUCUGAUGCCUUUGAUUAACUUCCAGUCGUCUCGGUUGCGGAGGCGAAGUUCACUCAUUCAAUCCUCCCAGAUUUCUGCCUUCCAUUCCUUCACUCUACGGUGGAUCUGUUACGUUAGUCGGUUUAUUUCUGUUCUGUAUGCCAGAUUUCGGAAUCGUAACCACCUGUGUCUUGCUUGGUUCUUUAGAUAUUUGAGGUCUUGCAUGAGUGGUGGGAGGGUGUUGAAUUUUUCUUCCAGAAAUGUUAUUUUUGUUGAUGCUUGCCUAUGUGCUGAUUUGAUUUUUCCUGUUAGUUUCUCUAUCGCUUCAUCAAUUUAUUGUUGCGUGUUUAGUUCGAUGUUUGGCCGUACAUUGUUGUUCAGCCUUCUUUCGAACUGAUCCCAGUCUGUUGUGGUGGUGCAUCUCGGUUUUGACGGCUCAUUCGCUUUUCCGACAUGUCCGAUCAUGGGAAGGUGGUUGGUCAUGAGUUCAUUUAGUACCCUUAGGUUGAAAUCGGGGUCAAUGUUUUUUGUGAUGGUGAUGUCGAGAACGUCCGGUUGGUGUCUUCAUUUGUAGGGUAUGUAGGUGAUUUCUUCAGGAGCUAAUAACAGCACGGAGACAUCCUUCUAGGUUUUGGAGCAUGUGGCCUCUUGCGUUAUUUUGGCACUAGUUCCAAGCCGCAUUUUUUGCAUUUAGAUCUGUGCACAGAAUUACCGGGUUAUGAUUGUCAAAGAUUUGUAGUAAAUCGUUUUCGUCUAAGACGAUGCGUGGGCUGAGGUAUGCUGCUACUAGCACUAUUUUUCCAUGGUCUGCUUCUAUUGUGACGAUUGUGGCCUCUAGUGAUGUCAUCGGUGGUGUUGGUUUUGGGUUGUGCGUUAUGUGCGAUCUAAGGAAAAUUGCUGAUCCUCCUUCCAGUCGGUUGACUCUAUCUGUUCUGUGGCGUGUCAUAUUUCGCAGUCUGAAGUCUUCUGUUGGGCGCAGGUGGGUUUCUGUGACGAAUAAGACAUAGAUUUUUUGGUCUUCUACAAAUUCAUUUAAAAUGUGUUUCUUGUUUUUAAUUCCUCUUGCGUUAAAAUUGCAAAGCCAGAGGUUUGAAUGUUUUGGGGGUCUUAUUUCCAUUAUCGGAGCCGAAGAAUUUCAUCACCUCUCUCAUGAUUCCCAUGAUCUUUGACAUGAUGUCUGGUGCUGCUGUAAAUUCUUGAAUAGUUGUUGUUGCUACUGUAAUUAUAUUUUUCCACUGAAGACGUUCCCACUGAUUUGAUCUGAUUGAACAUUUCAAAGAAGGACGAAAAGUUGUUCUGUUCAUUGUUGUUUGUGUUCUGCCGGUUUUGGUUGUCACUGGAUGACAUGGUUGCUUUGUUUGCUUGUACAUUUGUUGCCCAGGCUCUGUGCCUCAUUUGUUGUGCUUCUGCUGGGGUUGGCAUUGCAGUGUUCUUUAUGGUUUGUCGCAGUUGUCUGGUGGUGGUUGCUGUGUUGACUGGUCUUUGUUUGUGGUAGGCCUGAUUGCUUUCUGGUAUUCGUCACACCCUCUGAAGGACGCAGGGUGGCCGUCUUGAUUGCAGUUUGCACAGUGGAGAGUUGCAUUUGGCGGUUUGGUGCAGUCUCUAGCUCUGUGGUCCCCUUCACAGUGUACACAUCUGGUGGGCAUGUCACAAUAGUUCACUGUAUGGAAGAAACCCUGGCAUUUUUUGCACUGAGGAGGAGGGGGGGGGGGGGCCUUCCAUGCUCUCGUAACUUUAGAUUGUGACUUUCGUGUCCAAUAUAUAUUGGACAUGGUAGAUCGCGUCAUUUUCUGUUUUUUUGUGUAGUGUGAUGAUGAUGAUGUCCAUUGGGUAAAGAUCCUUGGUUUCUGUAUUUCUCUUUCGGUAUUGGUAGACGUGUCUGGGAUUGAAAUUUAGUAGUCAGAGGCCGGCUUCUACUUCGUCUUCUGUCAUAGUGAUCGGUAGUCCUUUUACUACGACUUUCAGUUGUCUUUCUUCCUGUGGUUGAUGUGUGAAAUUAUGAAUCUUGUGGUCUUUGAAGAAAGCCAGUGCUGUUAUCUGAUUGGUGAUGGUGUUGAAAUGGUACUUUAUUGAUUUGCCCUUGUGGAUGGCUUUGAUCUGUCCUUCCAUGUAUUUUUUAAGUGUCGCAUUCAGAGUGAGAUAGUGUCCGUCAUAUUGAAUUGUGAUCAGAGGUACGCGCGGUCUUUUUUCCGCGGUUGGAGGCAUGUUGCGUUCUUCUUGUGUAGGUGGAUUUGCUGCCUUGGUGUUUGCAGCGUUGCUGGUGGUUGUUCUCCCUGUUAGUGGUUCGAAACGCUUUUGAGUUGUAACCGUAAACUGCUUAUUGGGGGUUCCCCCAUCUGUGGAGUUUUUCCUUUUUAUGGUUUUCUGGCGGGGUGAGCUUUGGAAUUCUCCUCCAUUUUCUCCUUGUUCCAUUUCAUCCUCGCUUGAUGUGUCUGGGUUUGAUGAUUGGUACUCCAUUACUGUGUCAUUCUCUUCGUCUUCCAUAUGGUAGUCGUUCCUUUGUCCUUGAUAGUCGGUGGCCAUGUUGGCACCGGCGUUGGCAACCAUUACAGCUUUCUGUUGUCCCUGCAGUUUUCAAUUUGUUGUCGUUACGCCGUCUUGAUGAUUUGGGUGGGUGGUUGGUUCAGCUCAGACCUAGCCGCAGAAUCUGCCUUUGCCCUACUUCUGGAUCUUUGCCUUCAGGAACGCAGACGUACGCCCGCCAGGGGGUCGGCCAUAUGCUGGUCAGCCGCCCAGGGAUGAGGCCUUUGUACCAUAUGCUAUUCAUCUAACUGCUCAUUUAGCAUGGGUGGCCUCGCCUAUCGUCUAUGUUGGCCCUAUGCUACGACAAUUUUGCUUUUGACACAUAGGGGAUGUGUUGUACUCCUACAAGCUCCUACCACGUCUACAAAGCUCGGCUGCUUGGUGACCGAUGCCCGACCUGGUAGAAGUCCCAGGCUAAUGAGUAAUAAUCAAGAGUCGGUCAAACAAACAUUUUGUAAACCACUUAUUUUGUGGAUGAAUUACAUUUCCUUCAGAUGCUUCCUAUGAAUCUGUCUGGCAUUUGCUUUCCCUACUGCUUGUUUUGUGUGUUCAUUCCACUUUAGGUUGAUCUGUAUGGUAAUUUAUAGGUGUUUUACUUUACUUAAUGUUUCCAGUGACGUGCCACAAAUAGUGUAAUUGGACAGUAGCCUAUUUAUGUGCAAGAUUUUUCAUUUAUUUACAUUCUGGAUCAAUUGUCAUUUCUUCCUGCACUAUUCACCAGAUCUCAGCAUGUUUUCCUAGAGUUUUCUAAAGUCUUAUGAUGAUGCUUCCUUCUUAUAGACAACCACAUCAUCUGCAAACAGCCUUAUGGUGCUUUCGACAUUAUCCACUGGAUCAUUUAGAUAUUCUGUAAAAUGUAAUGGUCCUAUUACAUUUACUCGUAGUACUCUUGAAAUUAUCCUUACAUCUGAUGACUUUUGUCCUGUUAAGAGCAAUGUGUUGAAUUCUCUCUGCAAGGAAGCCCGGGAUCCAGUCAAAAAUCUGCUCUGAUACUUGGUACUUCACGUUUUUUUCACGAAAUGAUACUGCGGAACUCUAUCAAAUGCCUUACUGAAGUCAAGAAGCACAUUGACAACCUGAAAACUUUUAUCUACAGUAACCAGGAUUGACAUGUGACAGCUGAUACUUUUUUUUUUCUCAAACAUGCACUCUGCAUUCACAAAGAAGCCUCACUAUACAUUACCAUUGCUUUGCGAAAUUUUUUUGCCAAGAACAUUUCUCAAAAAUGAUCAUCCAGUUUUUCUACCCAACCUUAUUUUCCCAACACAUCAGUUAUUCAUAGACAUGUGAUAAAUAAAUGUAACUUACACAUUGCCCCAUCAGUUACAGAACCACGAAGUUGCUUAUUUUGUGCAAGUAUUUAAAGUACUAUAUUCAAGUAAUUGUUUUUAAAAUUGCAGAUAGUUUCAAUUAGAUUACCGUCAGCUUCUGUCAGUCUGUAAGUCAAUGUAUACUGGAAAAAUAUUUUACCCAUGAAUUUUAGAAGUGGUACAUGACAUCCUUCUUGAAACAGAAGCAGUUUAGUAGCCUUAAUGCUUUUUAACUAUCUUCAGUUUUCUUACAAGUAUCAAAUCCUAAAGAAAUAAACUUUGCAUUUACCAUCGUUUUGAACAUCUUAAAGUUUUACUAGUGCAGAGUUAUCCAGAAUUUCAGGUUUCAUACAGUGUUUGCUUAAACUCAAGGCAGUAUGUAGAAAAUGAGCUAAUGUAGCAUCAGAUUGAACUUCUCAAAUGGAUGGUUCCAUGUUAACUGCCAGAGGAAGAAAGAAAAAAAAUCAGUUGCAGCAUGCAGCAGUGGAUCAUUGUCAUAUUUCCAAGCUAUUACACUUAGCUUCAGGUUUGUCUAUCUUAACAUAUGUGGAGAAAUUCUUGAGGAUGUAGUGAUUACGAUAACUGUUUCAGUGACAUUUGAGUUCUUUAACCACCAAAUAUACUGAAAUACCAGAGAUGCAAUAUUAAGAAUAGAGUACUCCUCAUGCUGGUAUAUCUUUGAAUAGAUAGUUGAUAGCUCUCAAGUACCCAACAGAGACAAUGUGUUGGUCAAUGAUAAAGCUAACAGGCACCAAGUUUUGACUGUUUGAAAUUUAAAAACUUAUCAUUGAAAAGAUGGACAGUGCUUUGGUAUAAAAACUUUUAAGAUGAAGUCUUUGGAGGCAGUACCAAAGAUCCUGCAGGAUUGUGUGAAAAAUGAGAACUGUAGGUUAGCUACGGCGAAUGCAUUUUUACAGGAGUGCUGAGAAAAGCACUUGUAAUGGUACAGGAAAGAAGGAAGAAAGAAAGAUAGAUAGAUAGAUAGAUAGAUAGAUAAGGAUUUAAUAUCCCACUGACAUUGAGGUCAUUAUAGAUAGGGUAGUAUUGGAAACAAAUCAGAGGGCUACUAAUUAAAACGGGGGGGACAAGUAACACUGAUGAAAAGUAACAUUAUAAGAGACAAAUAGGUGUCAAAGUGUACAAAAAGGAUUGUUGGACUUUAUUGGAAAAUUGUUUGGUAUAAUUUAUUAUAAAGUAAGUUUCUAAAGACACUAAGUAUUUCUUGACAGGAAGGAACAGCAUCUCAGUAGGAAAAAUGGUAACUGACCUUAGAAAAAGGACCUCUCUACAAAAAAAGAUAGCAGGAGAGAGGAGGAGACUGACUGCCAGACACACAAAACAAGUCAACAUUUUAAAAGAAAUUUGGAACAGACAACAGACAAGAAUGAAGUCUAACACUUUGGGAAAUAACAAGACAAUGGUGGACCAAGAAUGUGAUUUAUUGUAUAAAAAGAGAAGUCCUAUUUGGAAAUUCCUUAAUUUGGUAGCAUGUUACUUCAUCAGGAUCCACUCCUGGUACAGCUGAUAGAGAGAGAGGGAAAAAAAAACAUGUAACAUUUUUGCCAAUGUUUAUUAUACUGUGCACUUCUGCCAUGUUUCUCAAGAUGGAGUCAGAGGACGUGAAAUCAAUAGUACCGUAAAAUGAACAGAACAGUGAAGAACAGAGCUGAAAGGAAAAUUGUUUUUCUUAUUAGGAACAGUUAAAUUUCAUAGUUUCAUCUGUGGUUGAUAGUAUUCUACAGUCCUGUGCUAGAGUUUCGCUUGUUGCUGACUCCAACUUCUCCUGUUUUACUCUAAAACCCUGUGAUUUACUUUUUUUAAUCGUGCUUUUGUUUUCUACUCACUUUCCUCAUUUCACCUCUCAUGGGUUCUUCUAGUUUAGAAGUUUGCUUGCAGAUUAUUUGAAAAUUUUGAAACUUUGUAAUAUAUCUUCCCUUCUCUGUUGUCACACUUGUCUCUGUAACAGGACACAUUUAAUUUUUAUCACUGUAAUACACGUGCUCCGUACCCCUGGUUUGUUAAGUAUUAUUUUCGUGAACUAGAGUUUCUUGGCUUUACUGAGCGAACUCGUUUUGUUAUUAAAUAAACCUUACCCUGUGCCUAAUAUGAACAAGUGUCUCGUAUAUUUUUCUAGCAGACUCUUCACACUAUUUAUCCACAACAUGGCUGCUCCUGUCCAGUCCUUACUGAAGCCUAACUUACACACUCUCCACUCUUAACUUGGCAUUUGACUGGUACCACUGUGGCAUUGUAGAUGUUAUGUAGCAAGACAAUGCUCCCUCCAGAGAAAAAGCACUCCAAGGUUCGAAAAUACUGUAAGCCAGUGAUAAAUAAGGGGGAUCAAUAUCUCUAUAUCAUAUCAUCAAAGAGUAACAGUACCCCUUGUGUGUCGACAUUUUAAAGGACAAUCAUUAUCCCCAUGCUGUCAGCCGAAAUUGCGUGACAUCUUAUACAAGUAGUGAAAAAGAUGACAUUAAUACAGUGAUUGUGCUGCUGCUGUCAUCAUAUGAAAUUAGAGGUGGCCUUUUUGAUUAAUACAUGGAGUGUGUUCUCUGAUGUCCAUUUACAUUCGCAUUUCUGCCCCAUAAUAAACAACCAUAUACUGUGUGUGUGUGUGUGUGUGUGUGUGUGUGUGUGUGUGUGUGUGUGUGUGUGUGUGUGUGUGUGUGUGUGUUUGGGAGGGGGGUUAGCAUAUGGCAGACAGGAAAGAGUGCUGUUUGAAACAUAAAUUUAUCUAAUUUUACAGUUGUGGCCAUUAUGAAGGCUUUAUGUUGGAGACAGUGUAUUCUCAGUAUCUUAAGAGUAAGAGUAUCUGCAGUGGAUGUAAUGUCAAACUAUUAUUUUUUAUUCUCUUAUUUACUCAGUGACUGAUGACAAAGUAUAUAGUCAUAAAGUAUUGAGUUUAUUUUACGUAGCCCAACUCAUUGGCAAAGCGCCUCUUUGAACCAAAGAUGUCAUCUUUUAAAGUCAUCCAUAGUGAAUACUAACAGCCUAAUGUGAUUAUCAUGAGGUAUAAAAGAUGUCCAGUUCUCCUCUGACAUUACCUCAGUACCAAGUAUUACUGAGUUCCAUUUGCUGGGAAUCUUUCUGUUUGAUUGCAACCCUUCAUCUUCAGUAAGGAUGUACUUUGUGUACCAGAGAAUGAUCUGAGACUACAUUGAAUACGAAGCAUGGCAUCAACUGGAGCUCUGUCUUCUGCAUACCAUGCACAAACGAAAUAAGCUAUUUUUCACAUGAUUUGUUCAUGCAGAAUCAGCCUUGAUUUCAACAGAGUAGCUGUUCAGUCUCUAAAAGUCAUCAAAUCCGGGCACAAAAUGUAUUCCAUAAUUCUGAAACCAAUUUACAUAAGUGUGUUUGGCAGGCGGUAUGGCAUGUCUUUCAACCCUUAUUACAGAUUAGACUGACUUGUGCAUGAACCUGGUUGCCUGACACUUAAUUGCACCAGUUGCCUACAAUAAACUGAUGUUGGAAGAUAACCAUUUCUUCCACUUACUUAAUACAGAUUUUAAUGACAGCCGUUUCAUAUUCAAUACACAAUCAUCUGUUGAGCAGCUUCAACUGUUUUGUGAAUUCUGUGUUUACUCAUUUAUGUAUGCCACUUUAACAAUUAUGUGAUGAUCAAAAGUUGGGACUGCAUUGCAAUCUUCGUCAGUGGGGCAGUUCUAGGUGUUCCUUACUUCUUCCUUUUGCUGUUUCAACUUGGUAAUUACUUGUUACUGGUAAUAUGUCUACCUACAAUUUUGGUAAGCUUAUGUUAUUCAUGAUUAAUAUUUUCUUUUAAUGCUCAAACAUCUGAUAUAAUCUUUAGAGACAAUAUUAAUAUCAUCAUGUCACAGACAGUGGCACUCUAUAAAUUUUUAUGUAAAACCUUUAAGUACUGUUGGAACAUAAUGUUUGAAUAUGUCACCUUGUACAAAUGAUGAUACGGCUAACAGUAUUAAUUGGUUGAAAAAUAAUUUCUCUGUGAUGCAUAUUCUGAGUGAGUGUCAUGUUAAUAGCAAAUUGUGAUGAACAUAAUUGACUGUACAAGUUCUUCUGGAUACAUGUAACUAUUUGCAAUGCUUAAUUAUUAUCAUCAAAUACCAUAAUACCUAUGUCAUAAAAUAAUUUUUUAAAAAAAGGAGCUGUGAAAGGCAGAUGACUAAAGAAUAAAUGUGAAGACUCCACAGUAUGUGCAUAUUCUCAGUCAGCAAUGAUACAAAUUCCUAGUCAUAUACUCUGUACUUUUAAAUAAAGUUAUGUUAUUUUGUACAAAGUAUUCAGUGUACAUUUUUAUUGUAGUGAAAUAUAUUUAUUUUAAAUUC